GAAGCCAAUCAGUUACUCAGCUUUUGCACGUUCUUGAUGAAAGCAGAGAAGACCCGAAGAGGGAAAACGCGCAAUUUAAUUUCUUUAUUUCAUUCAAUUUGAAAAGAUACAAUGUCCGACGAUAAAGGAAAGGAAGGAGUCAAGACGGAAAAUGAGCACAUCAACCUCAAAGUUGCAGGCCAGGAUGGAUCAGUUGUACAAUUCAAGAUCAAAAGACACACGCCCCUGAGCAAGCUAAUGAAGGCCUACUGUGAGAGACAGGGCCUGUCCCUCCGACAGAUCCGAUUCCGGUUUGACGGACAACCCAUCAACGAGACGGACACACCUGCACAGCUGGACAUGGAGGAUGAGGACACGAUCGACGUCUUUCAGCAGCAGACGGGGGGAAGCUGCUAAAGCCCCCCUCCCACCCCACCUUCCUACCCCUCAUCCCCCACUUGGCUCCUGGACCCUCCACCCUUAACCCCCACACCCCACCCCAACCACACCCCACCCCCGGCUGCCUGCCUGGCUCUCUCCUCUCCUGCUUCACCCCCCACCCCCAUUGGAGCUGAGGCAGUGCGCUGGGGUCCAGGGCUGGGGGCUGGAGGGGACCAAUGAGGAGUCACUUCCUCUUCCUGCUUGCUGUCCAAUCAGGAGCUCAGCUCAGAGGUGGAACAGUGCUGAGGGUCUGGCUUUUGGUUUUGGUUCUGGUUCCUCUCCAAAUUCAGUAAUUUCCUAUUAUUAUUAUUAUAAGAAUUAUUAUUGUUAUUAUAUAUUUUUAUUGUUUAUUUUUUGUAAUCAUCUGUCUGUUUGUGGAAUUCUUUUGGAGGGGGGAUGGGUGGAGAUUGUGGGAGGUAAAACAUGUUUUUAAAACAGUUACCAUAGAGCAUCCAACCACACACACACACACACACACAUUCCGCUCCAGCUGUGCCAUGCUCACACACACACACACACACACACACACCCUGUCUGUCUUUUUUUAAUUUGACUACAGGUGAGCUGAUGGUGACACCAAACCACAUGACUUCAGUUGUAACCCAAAACAGCCUGUGAGACCAACAGAAAAUGAAAUCAUUGUUUCUUCUUUUUAUCUCCUUUUAUUUGUAUUUUUUGAGAGCGGCGGCUGGCUGUAGUGUCUGUCCUCUCGGCAUCCCAGAGUUUUAAUCUGAACGUUUCUGCGGCCGCUGCCUCCUCCGCCUGCUCCAAGCUGCAUCCAGACACAAUGGUCUGAGCUUAGACUUGCUCCUCAUAUUCUCCUGAUGUCCUGGGCAGUUUAACAGUUAAAUGGACCAACCAGUCGUGACUCUGGCCAGAGGUGUACAGAUGUUUCCCAUAUUUCUCAGAGAAUGUUAUGGUAUAUCUCUUCCUCUCUCUUUACCUCUCUCCCUCUCUCUUUACCUCUCUCUCUCUCUCUACCUCUCUCUCUCUCUCUCUCUCUCUCUCUCUCUCUCUCUCUCUCUCUCUCUCUGCUGGGUGGACACCAUGUGUAAAACUCCUCUUUUCUUCCCUUCCUCUAGUACCACAGAGAGGACGGUGUAUCAAAGAAAAGGUUUCUUUUUUCUGUAUUCUACUUCUCAGCUGAUUUUCACUUUGUCCUUUACUACUGUAUACAAUAAAUAUAGUUUGGUACUCA